AUGUCUGAAGAAACGAAGAAUAACGAGCAGGAGGUGCAACAAGAGGUUCAAGCGGGUGAAGUUGAAGGUAGUGUUGAAGCCAAUGUUGAAGUUAAUGUUGAGAAGGGAAACGAGGAAUCUGUAGAGGUUUCAGAGGAAGUUUCAGGCGAGGAAAACGCAGCAGAAGGAACAUCUGAGAAGGAAGAAGAGUCUGGAGCUGCGCCAGUUUUGGCUACGCAGGGUGGUCGUGAGAAGUCUGACAAGAUUUUAUAUGUGGGGAACUUGCCCAAGAACAUUGACGACGAUCUUUUGAAGCAGUACUUCCAGAUCGGGGGUGCGAUUUCUAGCGUGAAGAUCAUUCCUGACAAGAACAGUCAAGAGUGCAACUAUGCAUUUGUGGAGUACUUCCAGCCCCACGAUGCUAGUGUAGCAUACGAGACGUUGAACGGGAAGGAAGUUGAGGGGAAGGUGUUGAAGAUCAACUGGGCGUUCCAGUCGCAACAGGUGAAUAGCGAAGAGACAUUCAACUUGUUUGUUGGUGAUUUGAACGUGGACGUGAACGAUGCUACGCUUGCAGACACGUUCAAGGAGUUCCCAUCGUUCAUCCAGGCGCAUGUCAUGUGGGACAUGCAAUCCGGGAGAUCGAGAGGGUACGGUUUCGUGUCGUUUGGACAGCAAGAGCAGGCGCAAUUGGCGAUGGAGACGAAGCAAGGCUUCGAGUUGAACGGCAGGGCUUUGAGAAUCAACUGGGCCUCGAAACGUGAACCACAACAGAACCAGAACCAGAACCAGAACGGGGCCAGAAGAUACGGAAACGGACCUUCUGGUGGCCGUGGCAACUUCCGCGGACACAACAAUAACCACCACCACCACAACAACAACAGUAAUAGACAUCCAGGCGCAGGCGGGCCUCCUCCACCACCACCACACCACCAAAUGCAAGCGCACCUACCCCCACAAUUGCAACAACAACCACCAAUGGGCAUGCCCCCAAUGCACCAGGCCCCUCUAGUCCCUCCUCCUGUCGACCCAGAAGCCGUCGAAGACAUGAUGAGAGGUGCCCCUCCAAGAGUCACCACCGCGUACAUUGGAAACAUCCCCCACUUCGCCCAGGAACACGACUUGAUCCCAUUGCUACAAAACUUCGGCUUCAUCAUCGACUUCAAGCACUACCCAGAAAAGGGCUGCUGCUUCAUAAAAUAUGACACCCACGAGCAGGCCGCUUUGUGUAUCGUUGCCCUAACAAACUUCUUGUUCCAAGGCAGAAACUUGAGAACCGGCUGGGGUAAAGAAAAACCAACAUUCAUCCGUCCUCAACAGCAACUGGGCCCAAUGCCACCAGUCUCAAUGCAAGUCCCAGUGCCAGCCGAGUCCUCAGUCGAACCCCAAUUGGAAAACGACCAGGAACAAUGA